AUGAAUUUUGCAGUUUUGUGUCAGGUCGGGCUCAUUUUUGAUUCUGUGUAUGUUGCCUCUUUCUUCUUUCUCCUGCCCCAAAUACAUUAUCGCCUUUCUCUUUGCUUACUAUACGAUACCUUGUGA